AUGGCCAGGACCAAAAACCAGGAUGGCACUUGUUCUACACCGGUGAAGGGCCAGGUCAAUCACAGCCAUCUUUAUAAAAACCAAGGGUUGCAGCAGUGUGAUGUUGAAGAACAGUUGAACUCUUCUACACCUAUAAAGAAAGGGAAUGUUUCGUCAUCCUCUUCAAAGUUUGGCAAAAGAUCCCGAUCCUCGUCUCCAAGGCAACAUGAUUUGUCCUCGCGACGAAGUCCUAGAAGUGGUGUCUCACAGGAACUGUUGUGUCAGACAGAAGUAUUAGUCCCUUCUGUACAUCAAGUUACUGAUCACUUGUCACAGAAAACUACAACACCAUCGACAAAGCCUAAAUGGAAGAGGAAAUCCCCUGGUGAUACAGUACAAAGUGUUCCUAAGAAUUCUUUAAACCAGGAGGACCUUAGUGAUUCUCCCAAAACUGCCUCUCUUUCUUUAAAUAUAGACUCUAAGUCAGACAGAAAAUCUGAAAAUGGAGCUGCUCCUCAAGAUGUAGGUCGAAUUUUUGUGUAUCAGAAUGUGAAACAUGCUAUCAGUGGAUUACCUGGUGAUACAGGGAUAUCUGGAGGAACAAGUACGCCUAUUGUCUGUAUACGGGACGUAUUGCAAGGUGACGAGGAAGCAAAAUUGGUGGGGAGUGGCACCCUCAGAGGAAGUGAACUGAAGAAACAUUUGUUAAAAUCUUUCAUUACUCCAGAGAUGGCAAAUGAAGAGCCGAACAUUGUUGGGAGCAAGAAGAAAGUCUCACCUAAACAAGGCCCAGUACAUUCACAAGUGAAAAAUGAAAAUCGUGAAUCUGUUAAAUGUUUCACAGAAAAGCCUCUUAAGACUAAGGUUUUUACUAAAUCUUUGUUAAAAGAUGUGGAAAAGAAAGAACAAAAAAAAAGUAUUAUGUUAUUGAAAGAAUGCCCUCCCCAAUCUCCAUCCAAUGGUGCCAAGUCAAGUCCCACUCCAGAUCAAGUGGAAAAAGUGAAGACUAAAAAGAAAAAACGGUCACCUUCUUCAACAAUAUCUACGGAUACUAACAAUUUGUCUGAUACCUCUGCUACAGAAACCAGACUUCAAGGUGACUUAGGGUCCAUAGAGAUAACACUCAACAAUGGAGAUCAGUUACAGAUAGAGACAGGAUCAGAUGAAAUGAGUGGCAGUCAAUCUACAUCUCCCACACCUCCGAGGGAUGGAGAUCUUCGACAGGGUAGAAGGAUACGUUCUCCCAGUGUGCGUUAUGCUGACGAUAUGAUUCUAUUCCCUCUCAAGUCCCCAAGAAAGUCACCAAAAUUGGGGAAUGCCAGAGAUGGUAAUAGUCCAGAAGACAGACAAGAUAAGACACCAGAGGGAGAGAAACCUUUCAGGUUAGAAGGGGAGAAAGUGACAAAGACUGCAGAGUGUCAGACAUCGGAAUUAUAUGCAUUGUUAACUAAAACAUUGUCAAAUGACAAAAUCAUAACUCCCUCACGGCGAAAGUCACCAGAUACAGCAAUGGUGAAUGACAAAUCUCCGAGAGUGAAAAAAGUCACUGGUGCUGUAAGAGAGAUCGAUUUUAGUGAAGGUGUGAAAAAUAACACCCGUGAUAGUCAGAUACAGGUUCAGAUGGAGGAACAUUUAGCUAACGUUCGCAAGGAAGAAUUGAUGCGUCUCCGAAAUGAAUUCAAUAUGGAUACUGAUGACAUAUCUUCUCAGUCUACCUCUGCAGUUGCUAGCUUCAAAAGAGAUAAAUGUAACUUCAAAAGUGAUUCAAUGCAAAGUCCAGAUAUUACUUCAAUCUCGAAACAAAAAAUUACAAAUAAAAACAUAUCCAAGCAAAGUGAUUCAAAGGUUGGGGACUCCAAACCAAAAAAAUCUGUCAAAAAGGAAUCCAAACAAAAAGUGCCCAAGCAAGCUGAUUUCAAACAAAAAACCGUUCUUAAAAGUGAUGAAAAACAGAUAACAUGUAAUUCAAAAACUACAGAUUCACAGCAAUGUGUUACUAAACAAAGUGAUUCUAAACCUGAAUAUAAGGAAACAGACUUGGAACACAGGAAGAAAAGUACAAACAAAAGUGUUCCGAAAGCAAGUGUUUCCAAACAAAGUGAAUGCAGACUAUUAGACUCCAAGCAGUGUGAUUCAAAGCCAUAUGAUAACGAAAAUUCUAGUAGAAGUGUCUCAACAGAUUCCAAUGGAGAAUGUUAUGUCAAAAUGGAACCCAAGAAAACCUGUGAUAAAAUUGAUUCAAAGCAUAAAAGCAAAACCAAGAACAGCUCCAAACACUUGCAGGACAAUAGUAACAACUUCAAACAAAGUGAUUGUGUGAGAGAUAAUUGGAAACAUCAGAAAGACAUAAAUGGUAACUCGGAGCGUACAGGUGACAGUAGCAACUUAAAACAAAAUUUGAGCAGUGAAAGUGAUACCAAAAAGCUACGUUGUGAUAAUGUGAAAGUUGAUUCAAAAGAAAGUUGUACAACGGCUGUAAAAAUGGACUUAAAAAGACCAAGUGGUGUAAAAUGUGAGUCGCAACAAAAUGCUAAGACAAAACGUAGUCCUGAUAAGAAAGAUUUUAGUAUUAAAGUUAAGAAGGAUCCUGAUCAGGACAAGGGAGAUUUGUGUGAAGCGAGUGAUGUGAAGCAGGAAUCUAUUACACCAACUGACAAUAUUAAAAGUGAUGAAAGCCAGAAUACUGUGACAGAUGCUUCGGAAUUGUGCAAUGAAAAAGAAGUGGUAGGUAAAUCUGACAGUCUUUCCUCACAAAGAUCAAAGUGUUCGAACCUUUUUAGUCUUAUAUCGCGCGUAAAAUCCAAUUUGGAAUGCUCUAAUCCUCUACCAGAGUUUCUGAAUUCACCUUUUUAUGAAUCAGCUCAGCCUGGUGAUGAGGAGGAGGAUGCAAGUGAUGAAAGUUUUACAGCAUUAGAUAAGGACGAUAUAAAGUUAAAAGAUAAGGAUAGCAGUUCCAUCAGUGAAAAGCUUUCUACCAAAAUUCCUGACAAUGAGGCUGGAUCUACCUCAGCAAAAGACAAUUGUACCGAAAAAAUGCCACAAUUGCGCAAAAAUGACCAGGACAAAAACUCAUUAGAAGAUUUACUAAAUUCUGGCAGACAAGAAGAAGAGAGCCAAACACAGGAAAGAGUGACAAGGCGUUCUCAGAACAAAAAUCAAUCACCAGGUAGGGUAACUCGAGCACAGACUUCUCCAGAAAAGACACCAAUCAGAUCAUCAAGAAGGUACAAUUCCCCAGAUAAAAGCACUAUAUAUCCUGCAGACGUAAUUCUAGUCAAUUCUGCUACCUCCUCAUCUGAUAAUGUCAAACCGGAGUCCGCAAGGGGACAGAAAUUGGAAGAGAAAAUGGAAGAUACUCAGUCUGGAAUGGUCACAUCUACAGAUGCUGAUUCUACCACAGACGACUCGCCAGCAAGGAAGAACAUCUUUGAUCUGUUAAUGGGCUCCUAUACACCAGAUGAAAAGGAGGGAGAUGAUGAGGAAGGAAAUGAUGAGGAAGAGACAGAAGUAUUGAAAAAACAAGAUAACAGUGAUUCUGUAACAGAAAAGUCCGUGUCAACAGGUUAUGUUGAUGGUGGUAAGAUAGGUUCCAAAAACGAUUCCGAUGAAAGUCAAACAGAUUUGCAAGCUGCAGAUUCAAGCAAGAAAGAAUCUGCAGUCAGCUUACAGGAACCUGUAAACACUGUAGAUCUGACAUGUGAUGAGGAUUGUCUAGAUUCCAUUUCUGAUGAUAUCCAGGGAGACCAAAGCAGACUGAAGUCUUCUCAGAGUGGUCUCGCAUCUGCCUUCAGAGGCAAUCAGAUUGGGUCGUCUACAACUUCUAUCAUCCAGCGAGGUCAGACAGGAUAUACUGGUCAUGAUACUCCAGAACGCCCUAAGAUCACUGAGCCUAGACCUCUAGAUGUCCUGAAAAGUGUGGAGAUGGAUACACCAGAUAAGAUGUCCGCCUUUCAGAGCAAAUCUCUAGAUGACUACCUUCAGAAGAUGAAAAAGCAGGAUACUCCUGUAGACCAGGAGGAGGAAGAAGAAGAGGGGGAAGACAAUGAUGAUGGUGAAGAGCAAGGAGAAGAAGAAGAAGAUGAGGGUGAGGUAGAGGAGGAAGAUGAUGAAGGUGAUGAGGAUGCUGAACAGAGGGAAUUUGAGGAAGAGCUGGAACCAGACUUUGACGAGGUUGAUGGCAUGGUGUUUGUGUCUUUCCCAUCAGAGGAAACACUUAAUGCUCACAUAGAGGUAGAACGAAAUACCAGGAUUGGGAAAAAUGAAAAUCUGUUACUUGGAAUAUCUCGGUUAAAGAAUCUCCGUCAGAAACGGGAACAUAUACAAUCAAAGUACAAGAAAAAAAUUCAUAGGCUGAAGGCAUUAAAAGCUCAGGGUCAGAUGAAUCAGAAUUUACGUGGGAUGCAUAAGGCUCUUGAGAAAUAUCAAAAGUUGUACAGAACAGAGUUGUAUAUGAUUCUGAAAUCAAAGAAUAAAGAUAUAAACUUUAAGUCUCCACAGAAAACAUCAGACAUAACAAAAAUCAAAGGGUGGAAGAAAAAAUUUGGCAAUACUGAGCAACUCGCUGAGGCCACUGGCUUACCCAUCUCACAGGCAGGGAAACUCCAUUGGAGAACAGAGGCUCGGCUUUUGAAAAAUCUCAAACCUGAUGAACUAAAGGAGAUUGGACUUAAUCUGAAGAAAAAGCGAAGGAAAAAUCUAAUUUUCACUAUCAGGAAAGGUAUGUCAAAGGGAGACAACCGACCUGAUAGAAAUGAGGAUGGAGCUGAAGAAUAUGAAGAUGCAGACGGAGAUGGUUAUGACAGGGAAGACAAUAGUGAAAGAAAUGAAGAUGAAUUCAGAGACGAUGUUGACAGAGAUGAUAGCCUGUUUGAUGAUUUCAAUAUAUCACCGGAGAAAGAAAAAAAAUCUCAGUACAUGAAAAAGCAAGAAAGACUAAAGAAAAGACUGAUGCUUCAGAGCUUGAGUUUUGGCCCAGAGGAAGAAACGAUAAUUCGUAAGCUUGGAGGGCAAAGAUCACUAAGGAAAAGUAUCCUUGGUCUUACCUCUGAGGACCGAGCUCCAGUACUGGAGGAGGUGACAAAGGGGAAGCGUGGAAGGAAAAGGAAAGGAGAGGCCAUGACUCUCACAACAGUCUCUCAAAACAUGGCUAUACAAGCUUUGGCUGCUUUAGAUAGUCGUUUUGUCAAGGAAAAGCCAAAACCUGCUGCUGUCUCCAAGGCAGUGAUACCUGUGAAGGAUGAACCGUUAGACAGGCUUGGAUUACAGGAGGAUGGGGAUAAAGAUGAUGAGUGGCUGCCCCCACAGGAAGGCACCAAAGACAAACGCAUACGAGGUAGAAAGAAGAAGAAAAAGUUAGCUCACAAGAUCAAGGAGGAAAAUGAAGUGCAGUGUGAUCAGCCAGGCUGUCGAUAUGGAUGUAUCUGUCACCUGUGUAAGUUUGCGGAGUCGGCACCUGAUCACGAGAGUGGACCGUCUCUGGAUACACCAUGUGAUAAAGAGUAUUGUCGACUGGGUUGUAUCUGUGAUAGCAUUGGGGCACGGGGUCAUGAUCCCAUGGAGGAGUGUCAAAAACCAGAAUGUCAGAACGACUGUUCAUGUAUUAAAGAGGAGGACUCUGUGGAGGGAACAGAGGAGGAGAAACGGCAGAGACAGAAAGCAGCUCAGAAACGAUUCGAGGCUUUGCCUCGUCGACAGUCCACAUACAGACUUGCCAAGAACCUAGAUGCUGUGAGCAGGAAAGCCAUGCUGUAUUACGAGAGCAGUGAGAUGUAUUGUACAGAACAAAGUACACGGAAACGCAAGAGUAAGGAAUCUGAUGACCUUCCAAUUGGCCAACAAAAGAUAGCUUGUCAUACAACAACACUAGUAUCCACACCAACUUCUACACCAAAUGUUUCUGGGAUUUUAGUACCAGCUGCCCCAGCUCAACCAAGUAUCCAUGUGGUGCCUCCACCAACCUCUGCACUAGAGUCGAAGAUGAACCGUUACGUUAUAACAGCAGGACAGAUCAAGUCUUCCAGUGAUAAUAAACCUCCUGAGGACUCCAGAAAUUUAAAAUCAAAUGAGAAUUUAAAAUCAGCAUCCAAGCCUUCUAAGCAGACAGGAAAGAAAGACCCACCAUGGUAUCCUUCCAGCAAAUCCAGAAAAAAGGAGGAAGGAAAUGUACGUAGAACUGAGUUUGAUGACAUCACCUUUGAUGAAAUGUUGGAGUCGGACAAUGAAGAUUCAGUGGAGUUUAAUUCCUGUGCUCGGACCAUAGUUUAUAACUCUACUCGCAGGAACAAGCAGAGGUGUACAUGUCAUACUGACAACUGUAGCCAGGCUACAGGAAGUUGCCAAGGAGUCAAGGCCACACAUUCUGGGGAACAGAAGUCCAACAAGACAGUUGAGGUUGGCGAUUCCUUGAGUCCCAUAGUUAUCUCCCCUGGGAACACCCCUCCUUGCUCGCCAUCUAAUCAGAACCUCAACAAGUUGUCUGACCGGAUUGGUUACACUGGGUCAAAGAAUGUACCAGCUAUUAAUGCAAGAAAGGCCAUCCACACAGGCUGGCACACACAGUGGGUGUGUCUGAAAACCAGUAAGAAAAAGCCUGAAGAGGAGGAGGAGAGCUAUGAGAUACGCCUACUGGAAAUGAUCUCCAAUUGCAAUUGGGAAAAUGCUAAACAAAAAAUCUUGUCUAAGAUAUCUAAUCAGAUCUCUCGUGAACAGUACCCCAACCCUCGACAGAUGAUUGUGGGAGACUUUUGUAUCUCGUUCCUGCCUCGUUCUGACAAACCAGCUGUGAUACCUCCAGAGGUGAAGGCUAAACUACCCAAAUCUAUCUUCUCAAUCAGGAUAAAGGUGGAGAAGCGCAGCCAUGCUCUAAAGACUCGCCUUGGUGAAUUUAUCAAUGCACAAGAGAAAAUCCUAAAGCCAAGCUUAGAAUCACAAGAUGUUAUAGCCCUGGACUCUCCUCCCACUGUCACUACCACCACAACCUCAAGUACCUGUUCUAGCACCGGUUUACUGACUGGAGGCAUCUCUGGUCUCAGUCAUCUUCAAAUUAAAGGCCACACUACAUCCACCACCAGGAAGUGGAUACCAGUGUCCAGUACAGAGGGUAAAACAGUGACCAGUCCUUCCCAUGUAUCACCACAAGGUGUGUCGUCCCUGUCCACCAUUUUUAAACCUGGGAUGUGCACCAAGGUUGGUGCUUCUCCAAGCAGCACUGUCAUUAAGAGUCAAUCUAACAACCUUGUAAUUCUACAGAAUACUGGUGGACAGAAAUAUGUACUGGCAUCCCCUAUCACGCAGCCUAACCUCCAACUUGUGUCUCCUGCCAACUCUAGCAGUCCCAUCAUCAGCUCAAGUGUGUCUCAAAGCCUUCUUCGGGGGACAUCUGCCAGCCUAGCUGUAUCCACAAGUGCCACAGUUGUUAGUUCCAAUGUUCCAGUUACUACUUCAACCCUCUCUGGGAUACAUCCUACUUCCUUUAGUAGUACAGGUGUUCCUGUUGUGAUAUCCACCAUAACAUCCACUACAAGUGCAUGUGCACGGACUCCUACAUUAACCACACCUAUUGCUAGUAUAGGGAUGCCUAUCAUGAAUUCCAAUCAGAUAUGUGCAAAGAUAGGUGUUGUUCCCUCUGUCAACCCAAAUACGCCAAGAGCUGUGUCUCCUGCCAACUCGGGGAUCGCCCUCUUUGCAUCCAAUGUGCCUCAAUCAAACAGCUCCAAAAUUGGAUCGACACCUGUAUCUUGCCCCAAUGUUAUUAACAUGACUUUCACUUUACCUGGUAAAAGCUCAUCACAUUCUACUCUUUCAACACAUUCUGUACCUGUUAAUCUCUUGGCAAAUUCACAGGCUGUAACCAUGGUUACUGUGGCUACCUCAGUUUCCCCAGCAAGUUCAGUCAAAGCUGUCCCAAGUCCUAUGUCUGGCAGCUUGCUAACACAGCUACCUGUUCAAGGUAUGCAUCCAAGUGUGAAAUUAGCUUCUGCCGGUCCUGGUGUGGUGUCCAAACUUGUUCCAAUAGUGCCUAAACCAAAACUAAAGAAGAUACUCAUCCCCAUCCAAACUCCACCAAUCAGCAGUUUUAUUCCUGUUACCACUAGCAACCAGCCCAGGGAGACCACAGCUCAAAAGAUUCAGAAGCUAGUCAAAGCUAACAAGGAAUCUAGCACUAAGGAGGAGUCACCCAUGGUUUUAGUUAAAGAAAUGCGUUUAGGUCCAAGUGAUAAUAAAACACUGGUGGAAACGAACACAAAAGAAAAGGGAGAUGCAAUGUUCCAUUCUUUCAUCUUGAGCCGUCCCCAUGCCUCUACUGAAGAGGGGGAGGAAACACAGGACAAGAAGCGAAAAAAACAGGUGAAGGAUGGUGACAACCAGGAAAUUGAAGGUGAUACUGAAGAUAAAAAGAAGAAAAAACGGAAAAAGAAAAAACCAAAAUCAUCUGAAGGUGAUGAUGGGGAAACAAAGUCACAAGAAGAAGGAAAAAAGGUCUCCAAAAAGCGGAAGAAGAAGAAACAAACAAACAAAAUUGAUAAUUUAAUACAAAAUGACAACUCUGAAAGUGUUGCUUAUAGAGCUGACAGUUCAUCUCCACCUACAAAAAAGUGUCGCAAUGAUUCAAUGGAAUUGGCGGAGGAAGAAUCAUUGACUUGUGACUCUGUUAAAGAGAAAAUUGUGUGUGAUACAAAGUGUGAUGGGUCUGAAGAUAUGGAAACAAAUACAAGGAGUGGCUCUGAAUCAAAUGUGAUGACCAAUUCUAAAUGUGAUGUAAGAUUAGACACAAAGUGUGAUAAAGUUGUUUCCUCAGACUUGGAAGAUGAAAAAACUUCCCCGAGAGAAUCAAAGUGCAUCAAAGAUCUGGUGACAAGCACUGAUAUUUCAGAAAUCAAUUACAGCAAAAAUGAUAUGGACUCAUCCUGUGGUCAAAACAAAAUGGCCAGGCCAGAUCUACAUUCUAUUCUCUUUAGUCAGAUUGAGAACUCUAUUCGUGAGUAUGAUCUACCAAACACCUCAGAAUACAUGCCAUCUACAGGAGAGAGUGAAAAAUUGACUCUUGGAAAACCUGAAAUCCGAACCUGUGAAGUGACUGGCAGUAGGCAAUGUAUUGCCUCAACAGCAGAUCUGGACACUCCUCAGGCGACAGAGAAUAAAGAUGGAGCACCCAAUACAACAAAUAUCCUUACUGAAGGGGUGAUAGAAAAUAAUUCCAAUAGCUUGCCUACAGCAAGUACCUCGGAUGGAGUUGAUAAGAAGUCAAAUGUUUUAUCUAAAAAUGAUUUGACAGGUCCUCAAGUGUGUGGCAUGCCUAGUAUUGAUGACCAAAUGAUAGUACUAGAUUCCCCAUCUCAGUUUGAAAUGGAUGCAGAGUCUAGUGAAGGGGACCGUCAGUCCUGUGAAACGUCUCAGAAUUCUCUGAAUGAUCUAAAGAUGUUGGCAACUGUUCAAAAGGCAAGUGUUGACAUCCUUCAGAUCAUUGAGGGAUCCAAAAAUCCUGAGGGGGCAAAGCACCCACUUGUACCUGCUUCUGGAGAGGAUGAUUUGUUAGACAAAAAUAUCCAUGCUACACAAAACAAGGUCACAAUACCAGAGAAUGAAAUAGAAAAUGGAGUGGUGGGCAAGCUGGUUGGGAAGAGCAUGGAUAUUGUUAACAGCAUUCGUCACCAUGUCAAUAUGUCACAGGAUAAAAUCAGAGAGACCAAAGUGAAGGCUGGGAGUGAACAAGAGGUAAAAAUACCAGAGGAGCUUGAGGAAGAAGAAGGUACAUGGGACUUGGGGAUGAGUCACGAAGGAUGCGAUGAUGUCAUUAUAAGCUUGAGUGAUGAUGAAUCAAAUAGCCAAGAGGAUGGAAAUCCAGUUGAUGAUGGAACUGUCAGUGUAAGUAAAGAAGGAAGUGAUAAACAAAGUGAGGUUCACACACAGGCAGAUCCAGUUUCAGUAAUUGUCAUAGACGAUGAAGACAAGCCCAGUGAUGAUUUACAAAACCAGCAGUCAACAGCUUCAAAUAAAGCCAAGUCUGACAGAGUUACUUCCCAUGCCAGGAAUGACGACAUUAAAGAGAUUUCCCUUUUUCAGAAUGAUGAUAGUGACAUAGACAUCGAGAAUGCAUCAGAUGAGGAAACGGGCUCCAACCAGUUACAAUUCUUGUUAAGGCAGGAGUCACAGACGGCCCAACAACUUCCCGCAUGUUCUAUACAUAGCCACAAGGGAAAGCGUAAGGCCUCCCUCGACACCAUCGACAACAUGCUCAAACAUAGUGUGGAAUUUAGAGAGGGCAUUGUGAAAUCCAGCAAGAAUUCUUACACAUCCAAGGAAAAGAUCUCAAGGCACAGUUCAAUGGAGAAACAGCGAAGAAGAGAACUGAAAAAUGGAUUCAAAGAUUUGAUUGAAGUCAUCUUUGGUCAGGAUGAUGCUGGUCACAAGAAACCUUUGUCUGUAGAGGCAAUUCAAGGGGCCUCUAAAAUCAAGGUUCUACACAUGGCCCUGAACAUGAUUAAGGAGAACGAGGAGAGAAGCGCACAAUGUGUUCGUACUAUAGACACUCUGCGGAUUCAGAACAAAACACUUCAAUUCCAUCUUAACCGGUCACGAAGUGAGUUGAUUAAUUCUGGUAUGGCUGCAGUAAAGAUUCAAGAUAUUUUGAACAAGAUUUCCAAGACUUGUCAAUUCAUCUUUGCUAAAAGGGAGAUGUUGAUGAAAAAGAGACUUGAGACUCAAAAGUCCGCUCUUGAAACAUUUACAACACCUGAGGUAAAAGCUGAGGUGUCAUCGGAGCCAAAGUCUAUUAUAAAAUCUAAAAAGACAAAAUCAAGUUCCAAAACAAAACCAGUGCAAUCACAAAACUUGAAAGCUGCACAGCGAAAAGCUCAGGUGGUCACCCCAAUUCUGCCCAAGAGUGUAACAUAUACAGCAGUACCAGUACAAUUGGUAUCGACAGCACAGGUGAUACAGAUGGCACAAAUCAACCAACAGGCCAAUCCUGAGAUUUACAUUGACAAUGCUGAAGAUCGUGGCACUCAAAUCAAGGAGGAACGUCUAAGUGAAGAUGAAUAUGCCCAAGACAUGCCCCUCCAAGUUGGAAAUGGCUGGUCCCUGCAGGAGGACAGAGCUGGAGUCAACAGCGCCUUGAAUGAGAACAGGCAGAGGGUAAGCAGUAAUACAACAAGUAACCAUGGCAAUGAUAAGAUGGAGGAGGAGGAGUUGGAUCGUAUGAACACACAGUCACCUGUUUUCUCAGAUGUGGAUAUUUCUGAAAAUUAUUUUGUCCAAGAAGAACAGGAUGAUGAAGAUGAUAAUAUGGAUGUUGGAGGGGAUGGUCAUCUCACCUCGUCGCAUACGUCUAGCGACAUGGAAUACAAAGUCAUUGACACCUCAAGUCACUCAGAGGUCAUGGUGGGCUAUAUACCAGAGGAUAGAGGUGAACAGGACAGAGUUAAACCUCUGGAUUAUACAGACAAAUCUGAUAAGGACAGUAGUACACCCGCCCAAGGUGUUAGCUAAGGGUCAAUUUGUUUUGUGUAGUGAUGACAGGAGAAAACUUAGGAAACACAUGUUGUUAGGAAGAGGCAAAUUUCUCUUAGUAUUUGAAAAAUCUUCAAAAUAUGUGUGCAGAGCUGAUGCUUAACAUUUUGAAGUGUAAAACCUCUUAGGAUGAUGGUCUUUGGAAGAGGUUGGGAUCUCAGAUAUUGGUUUUGUUAUGCUGAUGAACGGUAGCUGUUGGUAUCUCCACAUGGUCUGAUGUGUAUACAAAUGUCCAGAAAGAAGCUGUCAUUUAAGGCCUAGAUUUCAGAACGCACAUGUCAAGCAUAGGAAGGGAGACAAUUCAGUGCCUCGAGACUUCCACAGAGCAGCAGUUAUUUUGUGCCUGUGGAUAAGUGUUAUACUUACACCUGUUCACCGUAGACUUCAUGUGCUUGCAGAUCAGGUGUGCGAUUGUAACAGGUGUGUUACAUUGGCACAGGUGUGUGAGUUGGUGCUUACAAAGGAACAUCAUACAGGUGUGUUAAGUCAGAUUUGCACACUAUAGCAUCAUUUGUCUGUCUUUGCUUUCAUAUUUUCAGUAGAGGUGGAUGAGCUGGUCUAAUUAGGCAAUUUCAUUAAUUUUGUUGUACUGUUAUGAAAAAUGUUUAUGGGAUAUUUGCUAUCGCGUAUUAUCUCUAUACCUUAGUAUUGAUAAUCAUAAUUUAUUGGCUUACAAGUUUUGUAAGAAAGGAAAUCCAAGUAGCCCUCGGCUUUUGAUUGUAAUUGUUUAUGUGUAUGCAGUUUAUGUAGUCAAUAUGGUAAGUCACUAUACUCCCUGUGAGAAUUUAGGAUGUUUUAUGUUUACGCAGUGUAAGUGGUGUACAGAAAUUCAGGUUCUGAUACAGUACAGUUGACUGACAAAACAGUUGACCUAGUAAAAUGAAAAUGAAUGUAUGUUUAUUAAAAAAAAAACAUAUGUACAUAGUUUUCUUUAUGUUAUCCAGAAAGAUAUUCCUGGAAGAGAAUGUUAUGUGUUAUUAGUGCUGAUAUUACAUGUAGUCGUAAAUAGAGUUAAAUAUUUCCCUUCUGUAUGCCUCAGUAACCUACAAGCUAUGGCUGCUAUGCUAAUUAAGUUUAAUCCAAUACAGGAAAAUUACACGUGUACAAUUUCUUAUGUAACCUGUCAAACCCAUUUUAGAUAAAAGUUGUAAAUGGUUUUCCACUUGUACAGAAAAUAUGGUAAAGGUUGGUUAAUAAUUUUCCAUUUCUAAGUUCCCACCUUCAUUAUUGUCUUAUCGCCUGCUUCAUCUUAACAUUUUCACCGUCCAUGCAUACAUAUUUGUCCCUCCAAUCCAGAAAAUGCUUUUAAUUUAGCACAACUGUAAAAAAAAUCAGUCUAUGGAAUUAAGAAUUUUGUUAAGUUCUGAAAUGCUAGCAUACUUGGUAAUUGAGUAUGUGUGUUGUAUAUACAGAAUGGUUUCUUUAUGUAAUUAUUGUACAUAAUAUCACACAUAGAUGACCCUAAGGGUACCUUGACCCCAGUCAGGUCAGACAUUCUGUGUGAUGGCAGCAUGUGUUCACAACCAGUAGCUGGAUAGCUUUAUAGAUCACGAAUGUAAGAGAGAAUGUGUAUGAUACAUAUACUGUCAGCAUCUUUGGUAUAUAACAUGUGUAUACAGUCUUAACUGUAUCUUAACAAAGUUGAAUGUGUUUGUUGAGCAUGAUAGAUACACAAGUGUAAAUUGUGAAUGUAUUUUUACAUGUAUAUUUACAAUGAAGAUGUAAUACAUUGUAAAAUAUGUAAUACAUUGUAAAAGAUGUAAUGCAUUGUAAAUGUUUAUAUACACGUGUAACUUUACAUGGUUCACAUUGGUAUGAGAUACAGUACAUUGUAUGUGUAUGUAAGUAUGCACUUUGAAAUGUGUGUAUGGUGACAUGUAUAUACAUGGUAACUAAUGUAUCUACAUUGUAAACAAAAUACAGAUUAUAAAUUACAGCAGUAUAUUGUAAUGGAUGUGUUAAUUGAACCUCUGUGCAUUUUUAUGUACCUGGUAUGUGCACAUGUACAUUGUGAUAUAUUGUAUUAC